CCGGGGAAACUACAGCUCCCAGGUUGCAUCGCGCCGAGGCCCGUAGUCCGCGAAUCAGGCGGCUCGGGUCAGGUGACUUCUGGCCAGCCCCACAGUAUGUCAAGUCGGCCCCGGGAAGCGGGUACAGUCCGAGAAGACUGCCGCGUUCUAUCUGAUGAGUGCCCUGAGCCUAGAGGACCUCAGUUCAUUGAAAUCGAGGAACAUGAUAAGGAGGUGGCUGGUUAUUUUUAUCCUUUUCCCCCUGCAGCUCAUAGAGAAAUGUGAGUCAACAGUUGACUUCUCUGUACCUCCCAUCGUGAAGCUGGAAAACGGAAGCUCCACCAGCGUCAGCAUCUCCCUCCCGUGCCCUUUAAAUGCAACCUUGGUGAUAACUUUUGAAAUCACAUUUCGUUCAAAAAACGUUACUAUCCUUCAGCUCCCUGAUGAAGUAGUGGUGCCUCCCGGAACAACAAAUACCUCUUUUCGAGUGACAUCUCAAAGUGUUGGACAAGUUACCGCUUAUCUGCAUGGAAAUCACUCCAACCAGACCAGCCCAAGGAUACGCUUCUUGGUGAUCCACAGCAAUGUCGUCAGCAUCAUCAACCAGGUGAUCGGCUGGAUCUACUUUGUGGCCUGGUCAGUCUCCUUCUACCCUCAGGUGAUCACCAACUGGAGGCGGAAAAGUGUCGUGGGUCUGAGCUUCGACUUUGUGGCCCUCAACCUGAUGGGGUUCGUGGCCUACAGCGUGUUCAACAUCGGCCUCUUCUGGGUAUCCUCCAUCAAGGAGCAGUUUCUUCUCAAAUACCCCAACGGCGUGAACCCCGUGGACAGUAAUGACGUCUUCUUCAGCCUGCACGCGGUCGCCCUCACCCUGGUCGUCAUAGCGCAAUGCCUCCUGUAUGAGCGAGGCACCCAGCGUGUGUCCUGGCCAGCCAUCAGCUUCCUGGUCCUCUCCUGGCUCUUCACGCUCAUCGCCCUGAUCAUGGCUGCGGUCGGGGCAACCACCUGGCUGCAGUUUCUCUUCUGCUUCUCCUACAUCAAGCUGGCAGUGACGCUGGUCAAGUAUUUUCCACAGGCCUACAUGAACUUUCACUACAAAAGCACCGAGGGCUGGAGCAUUGGCAACGUGCUUCUGGACUUCACUGGGGGCAGCUUCAGCCUCCUCCAGAUGUUCCUGCAGUCCUACAACAACGGGCAGCUAGAGAGCUGGAAGAAGCAGGCUGGUGCAGCCAAGGUGAAGCUGAGGACUGCUGUCAACAGGUCCAGCCCAGGCUGGAGCUGGUGCUCUAAGCUCACCCUCAAAUGUCAGCUUUAUCAGUGGCUCCCUGGUCACACCACCUGACUGCAGGAGUCACCAGCACCGGGACUUCCACCCAACCCGUUCCCUGCCCAGAAGGCAUUUCUUCUCAGCGACCUGGUUCCUUUCUGAGGGCUUCUUUGCACAACUAGGCAUGACCAGACUUCUCUCUAGGUCUCAGUUUCCCCACCUCAGCCACAGAGUGGGGCCUGCAGGUCCCAUUCGGCUGUGGCUUUAAUAUCUGGCUCUAAUGUCCCCGCCUGCCUUUACCUAUUCUAAUGGUACUUGGCACCCGAGACAAGCCAAGGGAGGAGAGUAGGGUCUGAGCGGACCCCAAAAGUUCUCCUCAGGCCCCAGGUGCCAGCUAGGGGGCCUGGACUUUGCCCCAAGGGCUGGGAAUCCAGAGAAAGAUCGAUCAGGAUCGAGCCCGUUGCAUGAACCUUCACUCUGGCCCGGGCGGCGGUGGGUCCGAGUAGGAAAGCCUGCACAGGAGGGGUGAGGGUCUGGCUGCUACGCUGGCCCCGGCCACCUCCACCCCCAAGCCUCCCUCUGGGCGGCGGCGCCGGCUAGAGCGGAGGAAGCACUUCCUCAUUCCAGAGGCUGCGACUCAGACGUCGGGGUCGGCGCCCGCCCCUCGCAGCUGCCCAGCUGGGGACACAGAUCCAGGAAAGAGGCGCUUUCCUAGACUUCCACAGCCGGAGCCUUUCUCCACAAUCUUCCCUGCCCCCGGCUGGCUGAGAAAAGUCCAACGCGGCGGCGGUAAUACGCGGGGUCUGGCCUGGAUUCUGGCUCUUCAGGAGGUUUCUGGGUCCCAGGCACUUCUGUUGCAUGGCUGGGGAAGACCGUGGCUCGGCUCAGGUAGAGUGGGAAUCGGAGCUCUGGCUGCAAGUUUGCAAGAGCCCCGCUCGACGCUCUGUCAACCUGUUUGGGGUGUCAGUUUACCUAUCUGCAAAGUGGGGGGAAGCCA